AUGUCAACGUUUAAGCGCUUAUUACCCGCUCCACCCCCAAGUAAGAAUGCAUGGGGAGUUAAUCAAUCAAUUGAUGGUAAUGAUCCCAGCACAAUCACUCAACAUAACGAUAAUAGAACCAAUUUAUCGUCAAGAAAUUCAAAGGAACAAAAAUGGAAAAACAAUUCAUAUUAUAGAAAUAUUCAAUUCACAAAUUUGACUGAUAAACCCCCAAAUCUAACUGAAGACAUCGAGAUGAUAUCCAACAAUAUGAAAUUCAUUUCCUUUUCUCAAUCCCCCAUUUUGCCACCAACUAGAGAUACAGGUACAACUUCUGUACCGUUCCCAACAUCAAUCUCAGAUUAUAACUAUAAGCUCGCCAAUAUGGCUAACACUAAUGAUAAUCACAAAUACACCCAUCUGGGAAAAUAUGAAAAUGUGACAGAAGAAGACGACAGAGAGAUCCUUAUUAGCGUUGGGAAAAAUACAAAAAUCAAAAAACCCAAAUUUCCAAAAUCCACCAAGAUUAAAGGUGGCACUGGAUGGUAUAAGUAUAGGAUCAGUGGUGACAGUCCCAAAGAAAUACCGGCAUAUACCACAAACGCAAUAAACACAUACCCUAUACCAUUUGAAAUUCUACCAUUCGAGGCUCAACCAUUUGACAUUAUCCCGUCUCCUCAUGACUCGAUCACCACCAGUAUUGGCUCGGCUCUGUCAUUUCCCAAUUCUGCCCCACCAAUGGUAUUUUACCCGCAAUUUGGAAUCCCAGUUUACCAAAUACCAAUUUUUAAUGAAGGACAUCCAUCUUCAUCUUUACCAAUCUCACCAAUUUCACCACUGCUACAGUCUCAACAAUCACACUCAUCACCAAUAUUCCCACCACCACCAUCAUCAUCGUCUCAACUACAACAACUUUCAUCUGCAAUUACUGUUAAAAAGGAAAAUAUUAAGCAUCAGAUUGAAUACUACUUCUCAACUGAAAAUCUCUGCAAAGAUACUUAUCUAAGAUCUUUAUUCAAUAAAUCUGAUGGUAGUAUUCAGUUAAGUCAAUUGUUGAGUUUCAACAGAAUGAGAAUGCUUACCAAUAAUGGGAAAUACACAAACUUGGUUUUGGAAUCCAUUGAAGAAAUACCAAUCUUGGAAUUAUUGCUUGAUGAAAAUGAUAAAAAUAAUGAUAGUGUGCGACUUGUGAACUGGAAGAGUUGGAUUAUUUAA